CUCUCCCUCUCCCUCUCCCUCUCCCUCUCCCUCUCACUCUCACUCUCCCUCUCACUCUCACUCUCUUUCUGAGUUCUGAAUCUAAAACGACAUACUGGAAUGCAGGAUCCGCCAAGUAUCAAGCCAAACCCUGAUCCACAACUCCCCUCCAAUGUACCCUCCACCACCCAAGCACUGCCCACUUUCCCUAACCCCACCACUUUCCGAGGCUCUUAUCACCGGCGAGCCCAGUCCGAAGUUCAAUUCCGGAUCCCCGACGACCUGGAUCUCGCCUCCGACCCCUUUGAAGCAAUUGGGUCCGAAGACAACUUGUUCUGCAGCUACAUGGACAUCGAGAAGCUGGGCGGAUCAUCUAAGGGACUCGACGACGGUUCUGGCGCUGCCGGGUCUUCCAGUGCUGGAUCGGGUCAUAAGCCCAAGGGAGAAGAAAUGAGUGGCCGGUCGGGGAUGAGGGAGAAGAUUAAUGAAGGGGGAAAGGGAAGGCAUAGGUAUAGUAAUUCAGUUGAUGGUUGUUCGCUAAUGGAGUCGAUUGAAGCUAAGAAAGCUAUGGCUCCUGAUAAGCUUGCUGAAUUGUGGACUGUUGACCCUAAGAGAGCCAAAAGGAUCAUUGCAAAUCGGCAGUCAGCUGCUCGCUCGAAAGAGAGAAAAGCUCGAUACAUAUCUGAACUGGAGAGAAAAGUCCAAACACUUCAAACAGAAGCUACUACUCUUUCUGCACAACUAACCCUUUUCCAGAGAGAUACAAUUGGCUUGACUAGUGAGAACACCGAGCUUAAGCUUCGGCUACAAGCUAUGGAACAGCAGGCUCAGCUGCGGGAUGUUCUAAAUGAAGCACUAAAGAAGGAAGUAGAGAAGCUCAAGAUGGCUACGGGAGAAAUGUCGACACCCGCAGAUAACUUUAAUUUAGCAAUGCACCAUAUGCCGUUCACCCAGUCUUCUUUCUUUCCUCCCCAGCCACGGCAAGUUGAAUCCCAAAAUAUGCCAAUGCCAUCAUUUCAUUCCUUGCAAUCUAACAUGUUGACACCUAAUCAGCCCGUGGUAGGUGCCUCCAGCUCGCAUGCCUUUGCUGAUAUGAUUCAACAGGAUCCCCUUGGCCGAUUGCAGGGUCUUGAUAUCAGUAGCCGAGAUAAGCACUUAGUGAAAUCUGAAGGCCCUUCAAUAUCUUCCGGUGAAAGUAGUGGAACGCUGUGAUACAGAUUUCGCUGAUCUACAUCGUGCCCUGUCCUAUAUGUUGGGUUGUUCAUAGAUUGACCUUAUUGACAUCAAAAGGUACUGUUCGUUUGAAUUCAUAAGUUUUAAUGUGAUUGCGAAUUUAGUUUUCUCGGUAGCUUUGCUAGUUCUUCAGUCAUUCAAGAUUUUUUCCUUGUUGCAUUCAACUCAAAUUUUUUCGGAGUAAUGAUGUGGGAGUAGAAGUUUGGUCCUAGGAGUAGAUUAAUGGAGCAUCUCGAAUCAGCUGCUGCCAUUUCUUUUGUCUUUUAAGUAUUGUUUAAACAUUAAAGUUGUAUUUCUGGUGUAUUUCUUCAAAAAUGGUGGUUUUUGUUUCAGUCUAGGACUCUCCCUCUCUAG